AGCCACUGCAAGGCACAGCAGCGCCUAAAUGCUAUUUUCCCCCCCAUCUCCGUCUCGCCCCUGCCUUACUCUCUGCCUGGCAGAACCCCUGCAGGGCGUAGAAGAGCCACUGCAAGGCACAGAAAUUCUAACCUGCUUCUUUCCUUCCCCCCAUCUCCGUCUCGCCCCUGCCUUACUCUCUGCCUGGCAGAGCCACUGGCAGGGCGUAUAAGAAGAGUGGGGACCGGGCUGGCAUGUAGACGACAACACGAGUUGGAAUACCCGAUCUUGGAGAAGACCGCCGACGGGAAGUUGAGCAGCAAACCCGACUACAACAGGCCAUUGUACGAGGAGAAAGUCAAGUGGUGCCGGAAGUGGGUGGAGCAUGCCGUCACCAACCUUGGGGUCGGCUAUGAUGAAGACAGGGACGUGUUUGUGUUUGGCAACGGCAUCCUCAUUGAUGCGAGUGACUACGCGGCUGGAUUCAAGACGACGACUAUUGUUCUGCAGUAG